UAGGCCCUGAAACUUGUUUCUCAUGCAAAGCCCUUACUCACCAUCUCACCCUUCAACGUGUCGCCAUACCGCACUUCAGUCUCCUCUUUAAAACAACACCACCACCCCAUCUCUCUUCCUUACCUCCUGUCCUUCUCUCUCUGUGUGGUCUCAUUAUCCCAUAUCUUCAUUUUCUUCGAAGUUGUGUUAUCAUCACCAAUGGCUGAUCGUAUGCAGCCGCACCAAGUGCAAGUGCAUGGCUUGAAGGGUCAACAACAGCAAGGGCCAUCAGCCUCUAAAGCCCUGGCUGUGCUCACAAUGCUACCUGUAGGUGGUGGGCUUCUUGCACUUGCAGGUAUAACCCUAGUUGGCACCCUGAUCGGUCUAGCUGUAACCACCCCUCUUUUUAUCCUGUUCAGCCCCGUUCUGGUCCCAGCUGCCCUUGUAAUAGGGUUAGCUGUGACCUCAUUUUUGGCAUCUGGGGCUUUCGGACUGACAGGGUCCUGGUCGCUCUCCUGGGUUGGUAGGUACAUCCAGGAGGCUACCCAGACCAUGCCGGAGAGUCUUGACCAGGCAAAGAGGCGCAUGCAAGACAUGGCAGGUUAUGUGGGACAGAAGACCAAGGAAGUGGGCCAAGAAAUCCAGAGGAAGGCACAUGACGGGAAAUGAAAUGAAAUGAAAUCAAGUGAAGAAUAAUAUUUGGUUUCUAGGGUUAUGUAUGCGAGGGCUGGUUUUCUAGAGCUACUUUUGUUGUAUGUAGUUGUAAGGAAUCUCUAUUGCGAGGUAGAAUGAGUUUGGUUUAUGAGUUCUACCUUAAUUUAGAAUGUGAGCAUCUGUACUGUUUUGUAUUCUGGGUUCAAUCGUUGAAUUUCAAUGUUA